AUGCUGCUCUUAUUGGGUAUCCCCCUAGUGUGGACAUAGCAAUUUAUUGACAUCACAUUCAAAGAGAUAUGCAAUUGCGAUGAACUCGUCACGGAAUAAGAUUGUUAGAGAGAUCUGUACUGUUAUUGGUCGAAGAACAAAUGUGAGAACAUCAGAUGUGAAGACUUGAAUCCUUAUCUGUGUUAGACAUCGAGGAAGUGCUUUAACAACUUUACAAGUUCUCAAGAUCCGAAAUGUUCCAAUUUAAUCACUAGUAGCGAUACCGAGGAUUUCUGCUCUCACUUGUUAUCCAAUGGUACAAGGAAUUGCUACGAUCAAAAUGUGUGGUGCACUAAUUAGACAAACAGCGAGUAUUGCACACUACAAUCGACCAGUCAUUGCGAAUCUUUAUUGAGUCAAUAAUAAUGUCUAUAUAAUUUUGGGUAUUGUGCUUGGAGCAAUGGUGUGUGCACUGUGGCUUAAUGCAAAGAUCUAGACAACGAUCAAUGUGCCUUGUACCCCUUUUACUGCAUUCUCAAUAACAAUGCUUGUGUAAAUGCAGAAUGCCAAUAUUUGCCUGAGUACUUCUGCAAUUACAUCAUAAAUUCAACACUGGAAAAUGGAUACCAAAUUCAAGUGUGUUAAUACAAUUACAAUGCAUCUUAAUGUUAGGCAAUUACAGCACAUGAAUUGACACAAGAUAAUUGCUUUAAGAAUACUCUACAUACAUAUUAUUGGAAUCGCAAUUAAUGCCAAAAGUGUUAUGAGAAUAUUUUAUUUAUGGUUUGUUUAAUAAUGUAUUUGUUAUUUUGA